AACUUGGGAAAGCUAUAUCAGUCACUCACCCAUUGGCUUACACAGCUGUAUGAGAGCUUAACUGCACACCAGCCGCCCAACAUGUUCUCGACAACUUGGAAAUCCACGGCACUGAUGCUGCCCUCCUUGUUGUUCUGGCUCUCCGGCGAUGUCGUUCAAGCACGGAGAGUAGCAGCGUCGACAUGCCCAGCACCCGUACCUGCGUCAUAUCCUGCACCGGUAGUCCGUGACGGUUAUGAGGCCCGGCUCGUGGCUACCGGACUCAAGAAGCCGAGAGGCGUCAUCGUCGAUUCGAAAGGAAGACUACUUGUGGUCGAGGCUGGCAAGGGGAUCACGCACAUGACUAUCAAGGACGAUGGAUGGCCGUGUUUGUCUGUGGAGAAGACCACGACUCUUGUGUCGAUGACUGAUCUCAACCAUGGCAUCGAACUCUCCGUCGACGGUAAAACCCUCUACGCCUCCACCUCCAACUCGGUCUACAGCUGGGCCUACGACGCAGACGCCGUCCGUGUCAGUGACGAAAAGUCUCCCAAGACGCUCAUCAGCAACAUGACCAACGUGGGCGGCGGCCACUCCACCCGCACGCUCCUCAUCUCACGCAAACAGCCCGGGAUCCUGCUCGUCUCACGCGGUAGCGGGAGCAACAUCGACAACGGCGCUACCGACCAUUCCUCCGGCAUCUCGCAAAUUCGAGCCUUCGACAUCUCCGAUCCCAACCUAGGAACACCCGGCGGCGGCAAAGUAUACGACUACCCCAGCGAAGGCUGGACCAUCGGCUGGGGCCUGCGCAACUCGGUCGGAGUAGCCGAGGAGCCCAACACAGGCGGCAUCUACAGCGUCGAGAACAGCGCGGACGGCAUCAAGCGGUUUGGGGUGGAUAUCCAUGAAGACAGUCCCGGGGAGGAAAUGAACUAUCACGGCAUUCUGCGCUUUCCCUCUUCCUCGCCCUCUUCCUCUAAUGUAUCCUCUUCUCCCGACCAAGGACAACAGCAAGGAGGAAACCACGGCUACCCCUACUGUCUAGCCCUCUGCAAUUCCUCUCUUCCCUUCCCCUCCCUAAAUACUCUCAAAACCGGUUCCCAAUUCACCCACGACUCGACGCCCUACUCCAUCCCCUAUUUGUCUUCUUCCGACUCCUCCGACACCUCCUCUCCACAAGCAAAACCAAUCAACAUCACCACCUCCGACACCUCCUGCUCCUCUGCAAACUUCAUCCCUCCCCGCCUGACCUUCCCCGCGCACACUGCGCCCUUAGACAUCAAGUUCAGCCACGGCAAUGACAAUCAAAGUCUAGCGUACAUCUCCUUCCACGGAAGCUGGGACCGAUCUACCCCCGCCGGGUACAAACUAUGCGCCGUUUUGUUCGAUACAAGCAAGGGAGAACCGGUAGAGGCAAGCGAUAGCACAAACAGUCUUGUGGAUGUCAUGUGGAAUCGGGAUGUGAGCAAGUGUCCGGAGGAAUGCUUUAGGCCGGUGGGACUGGCGGUGGAUGGGGAGGAGAGGAUUUGGAUGACGGAUGAUGAUAAGGGGGAUGUGUGGGUUUUGAAGCAGGUUGGGGAGGUGAAGGGUGAUGGUGAUGGUAAUGGGAAUGAUUUUGGGAGUGGAAGUGCCAACGGGGAUAGCGAUAGUGCCGCUGCCCCGAUGCGUGCUAAGAGGAGUGGAAGUGGUGCGGAGUGGUUGGGUGUUGGGACGUCGGUGGUGGGAGCGGUUACUGUGAGUGUGUUGUUUGGUGUGCUGUGAGGGGGUUAUGGUGUCUGGGCUUGAAGGAGGCAAACCGUGUGUCUUCAUGAGCACAAUUCCACAAGGGACGGGCAUUGGUUUUUAUCCUUUGUUCCUAAGUCCUUUCGGACAGACUUGGGGGAAACGAAAACUUGAUGACCUUCAU